CGUAUUUUAACCUACAGAGCAGUUAUUUGUUAGUCUCUGAAGACGGAUAUCCAUCGACGGGAAGAAACAUCGCUAUGAUCACUUGUCUGUGUGCUGAUUGGCUGUCAGUGCCUGGUUAGGGGUUUAUAUAGAGCCUGUGCUGCACAUGGACCAGCAGAAGAAGAAGAAUUAUCAUACAAGAUGAUGGAGCCCAGAGUCCUGCUGCUGUGUAUAGUUGGCUGCUCCCUCAGCCGGGCCACCCCUAUAUCGAUGGACAACGUUAAUAUCAAUGCCAGCGACCCCAUUCCCACCAAUGACAGCGCGACAACUAACGAAACAACCGCUGAUCCCGACCCUGUACCUUUCAUUGACUGUACCAAAAAAGACUUGUUUGAUCUAAUCAUGGAAGCAAACAAGGACAUCGCUGUGUUCCUCGAGGGCGGCGACAUUAAUUAUAAACGUUCACGUAGUGCGAUACAGUGCCCUGGAUGCCUCUGGAAAAAAUCAGCAAAUGGAACAGUUCAAGUCCCGUUCACUUUCCCUUCCGUAUACACCGAUUUCGAAAGAUCGAUGGUCAGUGAGGUCAUGAAGGAAUUCGAGGUGAUGACCUGUGUGAAGUUUGUCAGCAGAACGACUGAAGUUGACUAUCUGGCUAUUGAGUCUGCAGACGGCUGUUGGUCAUAUGUUGGUAAAGUUGGAGGUAAACAGGUAGUAAGCAUCAGUAUGCCCGCCUGUACGAAGUACACCCUCAUACAACAUGAACUCAUGCACACGCUGGGCUUCUUCCAUGAACAAACCAGAAAAGACCGAGACCAGUAUAUUAAAAUUCUAUGGGAAAAUAUUUCUCCAAGCGAUUACAUCAAUUUUGACUAUGAUGGCGGGAGUACCCUGAACCUACCUUAUGGCUACAACUCGAUCAUGCAUUAUGGCUCGAAAGAUUACAGCCGGGUAUCUGGAAAGCCAUCAAUGGUGGUUAAAGGUGACCCCAAGAGGAGUCUUGGACAGACUACAGGAAUGGAUGAUGUGGAUGUGUUAAAGGUCAAUGCUGCCUAUAACUGCAAUUUGUGCAGAAGAAAGUUUGUGGACGAAACAGGAACUUUCACUUAUAAUUCGAAAUCAUCGAGCCAAGGAGCAUCCAGCUGCCUGUAUCUCAUCCAAACUGCCCUCAAGGUUCUUCUGCAGAUCGGUGACUUCAAUAUCUCCUCAUCUCGUCUCUGUAGUAAUUCCUACAUUAAAGUCUAUGAUGGAGUCAGUCAGUCCUAUGAUGGAGUCAGUCAGACAUGUGGAAGCGGACCGGUCCCACCGCUGGUAUCAUCUGGAAGCUUCAUGCUCAUAGAGAUUGUGAACAACCAACCAUCGGCUCUGAGCAGAUUUAACGCUUCUUAUCAAACAGUGAGAUACGGAGGGACUUUUGUGACAGAUAACACGGUGGUGACAAGUCCAGAUUUUCCUAAUUUGUAUCCCAAUAAAUUGGACAUUGUCUACAGCAUCAUAGCUCCCAAAGGAUAUAAGGUGUCUUUAACCUUCCUCUUCUUCUGGCUACAAUAUUCACAAUCCUGCUCCAUAGAUUAUCUGACAAUAUACGAUGGACCAUUGAAGACAUCUCCCAUCCUUAGGACGUACUGUGGAUAUUUUCUUCCCCUCGGUUCUCCUCUCGUAUCUACUGGAAACGUCAUUGUUCUACAGUUUCACAGUGGACCCGUGAUUUCUUACAAUGGAUUUUAUGCAACCAUUGAAUUCGUUCCAAGCAAAUGAAAUGCAGAAGGGCAUUCAGACAGUCCGAUCAUCGGAUUUGGAAGAGGAAAUAUGAAACCUCCUAUUUAAUUCCUUUUUUUAUUUUUGUAGCCAGUGCGGUUACAAAUGAAUGUAGUAUUAUAUUGCUGCUUUUAUUACCUUGAUUUUCUAGGAACUGUUAUAUGGCCCCUAACCUUUUAAGACUUUCCAGGAUAAGCUGUGUGUGUACAUAAAAGGCGUAGCACUGUUUAUGGCUAUUAUAUAAUCUGUAUAUAGUAUUUUUAAGAACUUUUUCCCUCUGUAGACGCCGUCUCUCAUUUUUAGUUGUUCCUGAUCCAGUAGGUGGAGGCUAUGAUCCAUUUUAUACAUUGCACACACAGAAGAGAGAAUCCUGCUUACUUAUAGCUCUUUAAUGCAUCUUCAGAAGCAGCAGCAUGGAGGAUAUUAUAAAGCAGUACUGGGCAACGUAAGCUUUGUCCAUCGCUGGUGCUUUCAGCAGCAUCUUUGUCUCCCUCUGCAGCUUCCUUUCGAUAAACUUCUACAGGAAGCUGUAACUUGAUCCCUCAGUGAGCUGAUUCUUUUUUUAAGACAGGUUUUUGUAAGUGUUUUUCAGAAUGUAUGGUUAAGACCUCCUUCACACUACUGUUGUGACACGGCAGUGUGAUGGCUGUCUGGGGGAAAAUAGCAGGAGUUAAAAAUACAGCUUGCACCUUCUUUUUCUCCUGCUACUCCCCUGAAAAACAGCGGCACCCAAUGCACCCCAUUGGCUAUAAUGGGGUCCAUCAGGACCCGAUGUUGCCCGUUUUGCCCCAUAAAAAUGACGGCCAUCAAACUUGGGGGGGAAAAAACAAAACAUUUGACAGCUGUUCUUGAUGGGGCAGUGUGAAAGGAGCCUAAGUUUGAAGGAGUAAAGAAAAUGAGCAUGAUAGGUAAAGGCUGGGGAUUUUUUUUCUCUAAUAAGGUAUAUAACGAUGUUUAAAAAAUGGAAAAGGGCAAGUGGAGCUCACAGCAAAAGGCACGAGGUUAACU